AUGCCUCCGAAGCUUCCCCUCCGACCAAGGGCCGACCUUGCGCCUGCGCUGCGCGUGGCGCGUGCAGCUCCUCGAACCAGCCGGCCAUUCUCGACCACGGCCCCGACAAAGGCCAAGAACCGCGUCUACACGCCCGUCCGCCGCCUCGAAGAACUCCACACAUACCAGCUCCUCUCCUCGUCGUCCCGGCAGCCGCUCAUCACGCUCUGGACCGCGCACUGGUGCUCGACCUGCAAGGUGGUCUCGCCGCUGGUCCAGUCGAUUGUCGAGGCCGGCGUCGGCGAGCAGGAGGGUGGCGUUGGCUUCUGCGCCGUCGAGUACGACUCGCCCGACAUCAUGGCCGACGGCACCGCCCAGACCUACAUGAUCACCUCGAUCCCGACGCUGCUCAGCUUCGACGCGGGCGAGGCCCAGGUCCAGACCAAGGUCAUGGACGCGAGGAAGCUGAGCGACCGCGCUUUCCUCGAGCAGUGGAUCCGGACCGAGGCGGCGAGGCAUGGCGAUCGCGGUGGUGGUGCUGGCAGCGGUGGGCUCGGCGGCCUUCUAGGUGGGCUGUUUGGCAGCUGGAGGUAG